GACGUCUCGACUUUUCUGCUACUGCUGCAUAACGGCCCAAUUACAACACCGAUUCUUACGGCCGGAGAUCCUAAUCGAUCCCGACAACCAACCCAACACUCGCUGACACAAAAUACCCUUUACAAUGGCUACUGCCGCUGCUGCUUCUGGGCCCGACGCCGCCCAGAUGCCAUUUAUCAAGAACCUUGCGUCCAGCGAGCGCAAAGUCCGCGAAGCAUCCCUCAGCUCCAUCCAAAACUUCCUCGCCUCCCGCUCCUCCAUCACCGACGAAGACGCCCGCAAGCUCUGGACCGGCCUCUACUACGCACACUGGAUGACGGACCGUCCUCGCCCGCAGCAAACCCUUGCCAACGACCUCGCUGAGCUUCUGUUUGUCCUUAAGAACGCCGACUGCGCCGCGCCGUGGCAGCGUGCCUUUUGGUACGUCCUCGGCGGACAGUGGACGUCCAUUGAGGCUCUGCGUCUCGACAAGUUCCUGUUGCUUGUCCGUCGUGUCUUUGCCGCACAGCUGCGCUACGCAAAGGAGCACAAGUACAAGGGAAGCGCGUGCAAGCGGGUUGUCCUCGACACUAUGCGCGAGUUCUGCUUUGACGGCGAGGGCGGCGCCUCAGGCUUGGGUGUCCUGGCGCUCGGUCUGCGCCUGCACUUGUUGGAUCUGUGGGUGGACGAACUGGAGAAGCUCGAGAUUCUUAGCGACGAUAGCGACGAUGCCAAGAAGUUUGUCAAGGAUAUUGGCAAGAUGGUCGACGGCUUGCGCCAUUCGCCUGUGAAGCCGGUCAAGCAGCGCGCCAACGAGAGCUAUGCGGACGAGCGACUACCUUGGGCAGACAAGGAUGAAGAGAUGGACGAUGACGAAGAAGAGGAUGAGGGAGCCGAGGAUGACGGCGAGUGGGGUGGCAUUGACGAUUAAAGAGACUGGAUGGGAGCAUUAUUUGUGCAUUGGCUGAUCUACACCAUGGCGUUUUUGGGGAGUUUCUUUUUUUUAUGGAUCUGGCAAAAGUUGUAUGCUUCUUGUUGACAUUUACAGUUUUAUUAGAUAUUCAAUACGAGAGCCAUAACCCUCUA